UACCUUAUUCCUGAAGAACUGUUUAAGAUGGAACUCGAGGAAGGGAUGGAGAGAGUGCAAAUAAGCAUCUCAGUUCUGCGUUCCUUCAAGGGACUGUUUCACACUUACCGUCAGCAGAUACCUGCUUACUACAAGCACGAGAAGAACACCAAGUUGUGGGACUUUCCUGCAACACUUAUCUUCAAGCGUUUAGACUGCAUCAUGGAAAGGCUUCUUAUGAUUGAGGACAUUUUUGCGACCGCCCUGGACUUUCUGAAGCUGGAAAAGGUUGAACUUGGUGGAUCGAGAGGAAAAAUCUUAAGUGAGAUGGUGUUCAGCAUGAGCGAAGAGUUUCAUGACCGCUGGCGGACCCUGAGAGAGAGCAAAUACGACCCCUUUGACUACACUAAUGAUGAUUUUGUGCAUCAUCACAGGCGUUUUGUGGAGCAGAACAAAGAUUUUGACCAGAGGCUUGGGACUGUCCUCAAUUUGGCCUUUCACCACUCCAAAAACCUGAAUUCAGCCUUUAAGCUGCAGUCUGGUUGUGCAGUUCUGGGAAAAAACAUGCCCUCUGUGGCUGGGAACCUCAAAUGGUCGCAAGAACUCCGGAGCCGCAUCCUUACCGACAGAAGCAACUUCUGCCAGUUGCCUCACAUGCCUCUGGGGAGUGCUGAGGCAGACGAGGUGCUCAGGAAGUGUGAACAUCUUCUUGAGAUUUUGGAAAAGCAUGAUGAAGAGCUGUUUUCAGAGUGGACUGAGGGGCUGGAGGAUGUC